AGGUGCGGGCUGACAGGCCCAGCGCCCCCUGCCGGCCCCUGGGGGAGGUGCGGGCUGCUGGGCUCUGCGCCCCCUGCCGGCCCCUGGGGGAGGUGCGGGCUGCUGGGCUCUGCGCCCCCUGCCGGCCCCUGGGGGAGGUGCGGGCUGCCUGGCUCUGCGCCCCCUGCCGGCCCCUGGGGGAGGUGCGGGCUGCCUGGCUCUGCGCCCCCUGCCGGCCCCUGGGGGAGGUGCCGCUUGCUGGGCUCUGCGCCCCCUGCCGGCCCCUGGGGGAGGUGCGGGCUGCCGGGCUCUGCGCCCCCUGCCGGCCCCUGGGGGAGGUGCGGGCUGCCUGGCUCUGCGCCCCCUGCCGGCCCCUGGGGGAGGUGCGGGCUGCCGGGCUCUGCGCCCCCUGCCGGCCCCUGGGGGAGGUGCGGGCUGCCGGGCUCUGCGCCCCCUGCCGGCCCCUGGGGGAGGUGCGGGCUGCCUGGCUCUGCGCCCCCUGCCGGCCCCUGGGGGAGGUGCGGGCUGCCUGGCUCUGCGCCCCUGCCGGCCCCUGGGGGAGGUGCCGCUUGCUGGGCUCUGCGCCCCCUGCCGGCCCUUGGGGGAGGUGCGGGCUUGGGGACUCCAGCGCCCCCUAAAGGCGAAGGCCGCGGGACUGUGGGCUCUGCAUCCCAGCGUCCUAGUGCACUUAGACCAUCUCACCCCCCAGCCCCUCGACAGCCAGCACCGAGCUUUCAACCUGCACCAGCUCCACGCUGUCGUCUGCCCCCGAUCGCCUCAGCGUCCCGUGGGCCAGGCUGGGGGAGGUCACGAUGAGCCUCCCGCUCCUGUGAGCAUCCCAGCUGUGGGUGAAAUAAAUCCCCACGCAAAAGUGCCCCCGGGCGAGUCUGAGGGACCCCACAGCUGGUCACUUGCCCUAUUCACCUGUGUAGGGCACCUUGACUGAUCCUGUCACUAACCCACAGACAGUGCUUCUGUUUUUUGGCAUUUCUUAAUUUCAUUUGGGGGUGGGGUUAUUUUCAGCAGUGUUUGAGUUUUAUGUAGCUGUCCAAAACCAGGGGGGGUUGUGGCUUUCUCUUUAGAUAUUCACUGAUUUCGUUUUUUUUAAUUGGGGCAUUCAUCCGUUGCACUAGAAAAUCAGAAGCCAGCCCGCAGAGUAGCGUGAGAACCUCCAUACACUCUUGGGUAAGGUGGGCAGAAGAAACAUACAGUGUACGGUAAUAGGUAUGUGUUGUCAGACAUCACCAGUGUGGUGCUCUGCUCUAUCCAAUGUUGAUAACAGUUGGCUGCGUGCAUGUGUGUUCUCCCUGUGUCCUGUCCCAGCUCUUCGCGGAUCAGCUGGCACAACGGAUCUCGAGAAGAACCACCCAAUGACCACAGACUCAGAUAAGGUACGAAGGCACCCAGCCAGGUUUACUGCCAAACGAAACACAGUCUCUAGCUCCCUGGAUCAGAUGUCUAUAGUUCUGCUAGUACAUAUGUGCUCCCUGACAAUGCCUGGGAAUGUUAGGCCCGGGACCAUGACUGAGGAAUGUAGUAUUAUGAUUGAGCAUUAGAGGCACUCCCAAAUAAUUAAUAUAUGUGAAUAAUAUGGAUAUGGUGUAUAUAUUUGUAGUGUAUACGGGCAUAUAUGUAUGUAUAUGUACAUAUACCAGCACUUUAUAUCCAAGCAUAACAAUUCUUUUCCAAUCUGGUGUUAUAAUUUGGCCCCUGUGGUACUGCAGGUAGCAACCCACUUUUAUUAGGGCAAUUACAGUUACCAUUUGUAUCAUUAUUAGGAGUCGGCUGAGUGUUUGGAAAUACUGGGAUAGGGAUUGUGAUGUGUCCUACAGUGCUUUGUAUAGGAGAAGUAAAACAGAAAUUUGGAGUAGUGACGCUACCACUGAGGCCUUUCUAUAUAAAUAUAUUGUAAUUAGUUACUACACAGUAGUAGUAACUGUAGCUCACGAAAGCUCAUGCUCAAAUAAAUUGGGUAGUCUCUAAGGUGCCACAAGUCCUCCUUUUCUUUUUGCGGCUACAGACUAACACAGCUGCUACUCUGAAACCCGUACACAGUACUGUCCAUCCUUGUUAUAGAUUACCCUUACUACGGGCUGUCACCCUUUGGUAAGCUUCACUGGGCAGGAAACAGAAGUGGCUAACUUCUCUGUUCCAUUGGUUGAACUGCUCUGUGAUACACCAGUACUAGACCUAGAUCCACUUGUUUCUUGUGGAUGUUGUCUUCCAGAUAACCUACUGAAUGGAUGAUAACCAAUUUAUCAAAUAUUGCUGUGUCAGGAUGUAGGAUUGAUAUCCAGACACUGAAUAAGAUUGUUUCGAAUAACAUGUUAGUUAGGAUGUAGUGUCAGUAACCCACAUUAUGACUGGUACUAACAGAGAAUUUGUUUACCCAAUUUGUAGUUACUGUGCAACUUAAUUUCUUUACCAAUUUGUUUUUCCUUGCCUUCAUGUUGUUUGCUGCCAUUCAUUUGAUGAUUUUUACCUGUGUGUUGGUUAAGCGGUUUAGCAAGGUUAUGUGCCUUGUAAACGCUGUACAGCAAUAACGCAAUACAGAAAUAAUACCACAGUACAACGAUAAUACGGUAGUACAGCAAUAAUACAGCUGUUUUUACACAGGAACCAAGUUGAAAUUGAAUGACAGUUUAUCCUGGUCCAGCUAGUGCUUUUUAGCUGAUAAUUAACUUAAUUGUCCAUAUAUGGUAGAUAGAGGUGUAUUUGACCAGUCUCUUAUUUAUAAAGCACUUCAUUUUUCUUUUCUUGAUGCUUGGUAGUUUCUUCACUGUAUACUGAUAUUUUCUGGUGUCUUCAGGGUGUGAUAUUUUCUGGUUUCUUUGGUCUGUGGGAUGCAACUUAAACAACUUUUGUUAGUUAACAUAGUAAAGUUUUUUGUUUGUUUUCAAUAACCCAAACUUAAUACAAAAUUUAACUAAGUUUGUUUACAAUGUAAUAGUAGGGUGCUGCCUCUCACCUUGUACAUGUUGGUUUGAACAAAACAACUCUAUCCAUCAUAUUACCCUUUUGCCCAUCUUUAGGAUGGGUCAGACUGUUCCUUGUUAUCUGUGUGGAAUGUGCAAGCAUCUAAGUAUUCUGGUACCUUUUAGGUAUGUGUAUGUUUGCAACAUCAGCCCUUUUCUUGCCAGCGUCUGUGAGCAGGGUCUGCCUCUGGCUCACAGUUUAGCUUUGCUUUAUGUUAACAAAGUCUUGAUCAUUACUUUAGUUCAGGCCUUAGGCCUCAUACUGGGCCUCUGAUACAAGGGUUUAUGUUUCAGAGCCUCAUUUUACUACAGUAUGUUGCCAAACAGAGAAAUGUAGUGGCUGGAGGGGACUUCACGAGGUCUAGUCCAUCAUCCUGCUUCAUCGUCCUGGGCCAUCCCUGGCUCUGACAGAUGCUUAUCCAACCCGUUCUUAAAAACUUCCCAUGAGGGACUCCAUACUGUCUUUUAAUUCAUACAGAUGCACUGUUGCCCACCCCUAGAGUUCAAAGAUCAUGACUCAGGUCCCGCAAACUCAUGACUAGCUGGUUUAGAAAUAAUGAGAUUAAAAAAAAAUGUGUUUAUUUGCCUUGGACUUUCUGAGCCUUUAGGGUGCUUUACUAUGCAACUAUAAGGGCUAGAAAUUUACAUUAAAAAAAAAAAAUCAAAGCUGAGAUUCACAUACAAUCCCCUGAUUCCAGCAGCCUGAACUUUAAGAAAAAGUACUGCAAGUCUCACAACAAUAUCACCAGAGCUGGCCACGCUGCUGAUGAGCUGUAAACAUGACGAGUAUUCUGUGGUAACGUCUUAGGACUAGAAUUCCAGCUAGAUUGGCCUGGUUGCAGCUGCUUACCUUUGGUGGAGCCCUGCCUGGAUGUAGAGAUGUAUGCAGUUGGAUCAAAUUUCCGAUGUCUUUAGUCCUUACAUUUCAGUAUAGAGAGCCCAAGCAGAACAGAGGUCCUGUGUGCAGCAUGCCUGGAUGCAUUAUGGAUAGAAAUAAUGCAGAACAUAGUUUAACUGUUAAUUGUAAGCUCUUUGGGACAGGGACUAUCUCUUCCUAUAUGUGCGUAGCAAAAUGGAACUUCAAUCUCAUUUGGAGCCUAUAGGUACUGAACAUAUUUUUUAUAUGACAUAUAGAAGUUAUAAUAAAAACAUAAAAUACUAUUGCUGGACAGUUGCCGUGUAACACUACUUUAUUUCUUAGAAUUCAGAACAAUACACACAAAACCUUAAAAACAGAGAGACACAGAGCAGGUGACUCCCUAAAACAGAGAGACACAACUCACUUAAAGCUGGCUUCCUGCAGACUGUCUUCUGAGAAAGACCCGGAUUACAUGCUUCCCUAUAGAGCCCUCAAACCUGCAAGCGGGACCAGUAAACCCUUUACAAAUUACAAUGAUAGCAUCUUAUUUUAAUACAGCUUUCAAUACAUCACAAAUACAAAGAAUAAAGUAGCACAUUCCCAUUUGGAAUGUUGUUUUCAGUUUUGGUAUCUCAAUUUGAAGAUAUAGCUGAGAUUCAAAAGGUUCAGUGAAGGACAGUAAAGAUGGUUAGAAGUCUUUUAUGAGGAUAUGUGUAUAGAAAGAGACUGAAAAGCGAUAGAACAGUAAACUACAACACAUAAUGAGCUAGUACUCUGAACACAGGAUGGGAAGCCAGGAGCUUCUUGAGUUCUAAUCUCAGCUCUGUUUGUAACUCAUUGUUUGCCUUGCGCAAGUCACCUAACCUUGCUGCCUCAGUUUCUUCAUUUGCAUAUUACCUACCAAAUGAUAUAGUUUUGAUGAUUAAUUACUAUUUGAACAAAACUUUGAAAAUGUAAACACUGUAACAGCUUUGAGUGUCAUAUCAUAGCCUAGACUGUGGGGACGGGUACAUUAGAAAUACUGUGAAAGAUAUAUACGCACUUAGUUGAGGUAUUUAAAAUUAAAUAUCAGUCCUGUUUUUUUUUAUGUGGUCCCUUAUAAAGGAACAUAAGGCAUCUGGCCCUGUCAAUUCAGAGUCCACAAAUUCAUGGAUUCAUUUCCUGUUGUUAGCUAAGUAGCUUUCCAGUGUACUCCUUACCUUUGAUCUCAAGAGCAAGGAGUCACUUGAAAUUAAUGGCCGGUAUUUUUAAUAUAAAGCAAAAUAAUUCUUCACAGUGUGUUUAGUCAGUGAGCUGAAUUCACUAAUACAGGAGGUCAGAACAUUAUAUGCUGUAGCUGGCUUUAAUAAUGGCUUGGAUAAUUCUGUGACCAGAAAAACAAAAUUAUAGCUACAAAGGCAAUGCUAGAGCCCAUUGAAUUUGAUACUCCGGGUAUUAAAUGUUAGCCCCAGGGUCAGAAGGAUCUCUUCCCCAUGAAAAGCAUUUCACAAUUUCUGAGGUGCAUUAGGUGAUGGACAUUCUGCUUCCCUGUGAAAUAAUGACAGUAGUUAGGAUACUGGUCCUAGUAUUGCAAACCUGAUGGUCCUACGUUUUCCAGUGCAGAGGGCACUAUGCCUUACUUAAACCUUUCAUUAAGGCUUUAGAUGGAAUAUACUGGUGUAGUGGGACCUUGUUUGGGUCCAUUGAAAAAUUUUGUUGUUAAGCCAUAAUCAGCUUGGGAAGAUGCUGGUGUUGGUCCAUCCUCUGGUGCAUUUAAGACAAUCACAAAGAAAAAUACCGCAGGAGUUUGCUUAGUACCUACCCUGGCCCUGCUUGUUUCUUAUUCACUGAACCAUCAUAAUGCAAAUGUUCUGAUUUCUGGCAAAGGUAGCAUGUGACCUCCCUCUUAAGGUUACAAAAGAAUACAUUUAUAAUUGUGUUCAGAAAAAUUCCCUCAUUAAAUACAAGUUCAUACUAAUCUUCAGGCCGCUUUAAUAUUAAAAGAACUCUAUCUGAAAUGUAACUAAUGCUUACUAUUCCGAAAUAUUUUACAAACAUCGGCCCCAAUUCUGCAAAAUGUGUCCACCCACACAGAGCCUUGUGGGGUCUAUAUAGAUCUUAAUGGGUCUAUAACUCAUACAUCAACUACAGAGAUCACUUCAAGUAACGAACUGGAGCCACUUCUGGUGUUAAACUUGAGAGCUGUUCAACAAUGAUCUGUGACAUUGCAUAAUAGUUUGGGUAUCUGGUGUACCUUUACUGAGAGGGAAUGAUUCAAAAAUGGCUACAUUUCCUCUUAGAAAGUUAGAAGGACACUCCUGACUGAGGUAAAGGGACAAAUUUGGCUCAUUAGAACAUGAAGGCAGGCAGGUUUUCAAAGGAGCCGGAAAGAAUUACACAUCCAAAUUUCAUUGAAAGUCAUUGGGAGAUGUCUGCCUGGCUUCCUUUGUGAGUAAAGCUCAGUCUCAGCAGCAAGGGUGUUGAAAUGGUCAUUGCAAAUGGGAGGUACUGUUACACAUAAAUGGACUCUUUUGUCUCACAUUUUACGCAAAGCCAGCUGACACAGUAGCAUUUUGCUGUGGAAAGAUUUUCCUGGCAUUGAACACUUAACAGACAUUGCAAGAGUGAAUGCCUGCAAGUAUAAAUGAACUCUUCCAAAAAAUCUGAUAUAUAUAAUGGCCUUCAGUCAGACUUGUCUAAGAUGGUAAGAAGACUAAGAAUCUGUCCCUGAGUGGCGAUAGCUAGGCUGAUGGAAGGAUUCUGUCAUCGACCUAUCCAAUCCACAUUUACACCUGGGAUAGGUCAGCAUGACUACAGGCUACAGGGCAUGCAUUUGUCACACCCCUGAGUGCCGUAGUUAUAUCAACCUAACUUUUAAGUGUAGACCAGGCUGAUGUGGCAUAGCUAUGAAGAAGUUUUUUCUGCCAGUGCAGGAACACCACCUGCUCAAAUAAUAUUAGGUUUGGCAACAGAAGGACUCUUCUGUUGGUGUAGCUGCAUCUAUACUGGGUGGGUUUGUCAACAUAGCUAUUCCAGUAUAAGUUUUAAGCGUAGACCAGGCCUAAAACUAGCCUCCUUUUUACUCCUUUACAGAAACUUUCCAUUGAUAAUGACAGAGUUGCCUUCCCUAUAAAUCAGUUCUUUACAUUUGUUUUUUCCUUUGCUUCUUAAUUUCUCAUUUCCUCUGCUAUCACUUUUAAUUGUAACUUUGUGCCAGAAUUCUUUUAUCCCGCAGAGCAUUUCGGGAUGCAGUUUGUAUGAAAGACAAAAAUCAUUGUGGUGUGUUGUAUCAUAUUGCUAUAUGCCAAAUUAUUUAUAGUCCCACCAUAUUAUGGUAUAUAAUUAAGCCAACACAGGUAGAAGUAAAGCCAUUUCAUUGCUUAAGAAAGCUCUUCAUUCUGUGGUUAUAUGCACAGUUCCCUUUUUUUCUACAGUCUCCUAAUUAAUCAUCCGUCAUCAUUUCUAUCGUACGUCUCAGAGUUGCAUUUAAACACAGAGCAGAGUUAUAAAAGAAACACGGAGAGAGCUGCCCAGAGGCCAGUUUUCAGAAACAGAGCUAAGAAUCUGAAAUGAACCCUUAGGAUUCUGCUGCAAACCUCAAGGAACAUUUUUGGAGGAGCGAAUGGGUAUCCCUUUUACAGAUUGCCUUGUCUUUCGUGCACUGGGAAAUGAGAGUCUGGAACCUGCUCCCAGUCAGUAAACUCUUGACAGUGGACUAGACUGCAGCUGUGCUAACCAGGGCCUAGUGUCCUUCCAAGGUCCCAGGGAAAGUAUGUGGUGGAAGAAGAAUUAGAAACCAGAUCUCUUGACUCCAAGGAUAUGGCCAUCCUGGUGAGCAUUUUUCCAGUUCUCCUUUGGACACUGAUGGCAUUUCAGGCAAACUCAUUGCAAGCUAAAGGAAUUCAGGUUCUCCCACCUGUUAACUUCACUCUCACAGUCUCUGCUCUAGCAGAAGUACUUUUGCAAUGGAAACCAAACCCUGAUCAAGAAGAAAAGAACUACACUAUUAGAUAUGAUGUGGAAAUUAUGACUCCCGAGAGGGACGAGUAUGAUACAAAGAAAACUUGCAGUACCCGUAUGGCUGUGCUUCAUAAUGGUUUUUCUGCACGUAUUCGGACAUUGCUUCUCUAUACCAACUCGCAAAUAAAAAGUAACUGGGUUACAGCUAAACUCCAAGCCCCACCAGGUGCUGUUGAGACAUCAGUCACUAACUUGUCCUGUGUGAUUUGCACUGCCGUUAAUAAUACUGCAUCUCUACAUUGCACCUGGCUUGCUGGCAAAGCGGCGCCAGAAGAUACCAAAUACUUUCUAUUUUACAGGUAUAACAACUACACUGAAGAAUGCCAAGAAUAUAGUAAAGACAAAUGGGAGAGAAAUAUUGGUUGCCGAUUUUCAAACACUUACAUAGAGACUAGUGAAACUGACGAAGUCAUCGUAAUACACAUUAAUGGGUCAAGCAAUGGCACUGCAAUCAAACCUUUUGAACAGAUAUUUAAUCAAAAUGCCAUUCAGAAAGUGAAUCCUCCUAGAAAUGUCACCAUGUCUUUAAAACAAAACAACCUUCUGGUCAAGUGGGAAAUGCCAGCUUCUUCUUUCCUAAAGGAAUGUUUUAAAUAUGAACUUAACAUCUACAACUGGAAGAUGGGUUACAAACAGAUAUUGGAAACCGAGUUAAAUAGUUUCAGUUUAAGGAUUGAUGACACCUGCAGAUACUCCAUACAGAUUAGAGCUAAUCAUCAAUCAUGGUGUACCGAAGGAUUUUGGAGUGAUUGGACUGAACCUCUUUAUAUUGGAAAAAACCAGCCAAGGACUCCUGUAGACUCCAAGACCUACACGGUUCUCAUUGCGCUUAUAGUAUCCAUAUGUUCCAUGGCAUUGCUUAUUGCUAUAAUAUGCAGAAAGUAUCACGUAUGGAGCAGACUAUUUCCACCAAUUCCAACACCCCAAAACAGUUUAAAAAAUCUGUUUUUAAAUAAAAGCUAUCAGAGAGCACGUACCUAUACCAGUGAAACAGAAACAGAAGUCGGAAGUUGCUUUGAAGAUCUUGGAAGUUAUACUGAAGACCUUUAUUUCGAUGUCCUCGAAGAUUCAUAAUCUGAAAUAUUACUCCAUUCCUGAUCUUGAAAUUAACAGGAGUGUUACUGCACAUGACAACAGCUUAGAGUGGAUGGACCUUCAGGGCACGCCAUCACCAGCGCUUCAAAGAUAGAGAAAUGUGUUGCUUCCAAGCGGUUAAGUUGCUUAAUUACAAACUAACACAUACGAAUAUGUCACUUUUUAAGAAAAAAGUGAGUAUGGCCUGUGACGCUCUGGGCCUCGGUGGGGCACCCGACACCCCCAUGUUCAUCUUUAUAAAAUGAUUGCGUGGUAUCCAGUGCAAAGUUUCUCAUGUUGGGUGUCUUCAGAAGCCUCAUAAUGCACUGAGCAUGGUUGUUAUAGUGAUGUUAUAGUAAUUGUUACAGUGAUGUUGUAGGUUAUCAUUUCAUGUAUAUAGUUACGAGGCUGAAAAUGUGUCUUGUGGCUUAAAGCAAGCCCAAGAACAGGGAGGCAGUUCACACCUCGUCAGGGCAUGGAUGGGACAGCCCAGCCUCACAGGAACAAUGGACACUGGCUCAGGCAGCAACAAAAGAAUCUGUUAGACCCUCGAGGGAGUCUCCCCCUUCUUUGGGCAGUCUGGGACUGCGAUGAGAUAAUGCUCACCUGACUCUGAAGGGGUACGGGUAGGCAAAGCCAAGAGGAAAGAAAGGACACGAUAAAAGGGAGAGAUAUUGUGCCAUGUUUUCGCUCUUCCACCUACAUCUACAGACACCACCAUCACCAAGCGACUGAAGCGCUGAUCAAAGGGGAGAGCCUGGCUGAAGAGCCAGCCUGAGAAGCAUCUAAGUUUUUAAGGACACUGAAAGUGUUAAGAUCAGCUUAGAAUGUGUUUUGCUUUUAUUUCAUUUGACCAAAUCUGACUUGUUAUGCUUUGACUUAUAAUCACUUAAAUCUGACUUUAUAGUUAAUAAAUGUUUGUUUAUUCUA